GGGCGAUAUUGUCACUUCUCAAUGUCCAGUUCCUCGCGAGCCAUCGUCACAGUCCUGCCAGUGGUUCGCCAAAUUCUUCCACACGAUCCUUGCCAGUCCUCCUAUUAUCUCUUUGGCUUCUUAUCUUCAUUUACCGCUGAUUCUUCCACGCUUGCAGCCGACAAUGCUCCCGCAGGGUUCAUCAUUCCUUCAACAGCCCUCCCACGCCAUUGGCAAAAAGCGGUCUCACGAGGAGGCUGCAUAUAACCUCGAGCCGGAUGUGUCAAGCUGCACUUCCCAAAAUGGUUGGACGAAUGGUGAGGGAAUCUUGCUCGUUAGACCAUGUGCGGUUUCUAUUCUUGAAGCAGAUAGCCCUUCAGGUAUUGAGCUUGACGACGUGAUCACUGAACAGAAAGGGAAUGGAUUGCCAAAUGGUCGACAACUAAGGAAUCAUAAAUCUCAGAGGCUUCUUAAUGGGAGCGACCACGCAUCAUCUAGCAAAACGACGUCGACGAUGGCAUCGACAACCGCGAAUAUUCCAGAAAGCAGUAUUGAUGACGACGUAGUCAUUGACCAAUUCACACUUCACCUUGGAAUUGGUUGGAAACAAAUCAAGGAUGGUGACCAAAUCCAAGCUGCUGCUAGGGGGUGGGCACGGUUUAUUGAGAAUAAUUUCCCUCUCACUAACGUUAAUGUCCUACUUGAAAGCAAGGGCCUGCAGUCAUAUCUGGUCGAGUCCGCUGAGGGCUUCUAUCUCUUCACAGAAAACUUGCGUCAAGGACAGCUAGUUAGUAGGCAUGCUGCGGGGGCAAUACAGAAUUUACAAACUAACCCACCAACGUUUGAUACAAAAGAUAUAUUAACAAUUUAAGUGUAAAGAUAAAAUAUUAAAAAAAAAUAUAAAAUAAUAUAUAUUAUAAAAUAUUCUAUAUUUAAAGUAUUUAUUUAAAGAAACUAUAUAUAAUAUUAACUAAAUUAUAUUAAGUAAAUAGUAUAUAUAUAUAAUAAUAAUAAUAAAAGUUUAAAAUUU